AUGGAUAUCGCCGCAUUUUUUGGCAUAUGCGUUUGGUUGAUUCCUUUUGCCUACUUUAUUUCCCUAAGUGCUAACGACAAUGCUUUACCAUCUUAUGAUCCAAAUAUACAUAAUACCGACUUUGCCCUCGUGCGAAAUAAAGGAGGAAUCCUAAAAAAUUUGUUGAAUUUCGUCCUACAAAAGAAGGAUGAAUUGAUUCCGAUGGUUUCAGAUGUUUCAUCUUCUGCUUUACAUUCACGGAAGAGCUUAUAA